ACCCGAACCACCCCCGUCUGGCCUGAUCUCCGCACGCUCGCUCGCUCGCUGGCUGCCUCGCUUGUUCGUUCUCUUCCCUUCGAAACCCUAAACCCUUGAUCUAUUAAUUCAACCGAAAUCCAUUUCACUCUCUUCCCCAUCCGGCGGUCCGUUGCUUCCUUAGCGUUCCCUCAGCGGCCGGCGAGGUUCCAUCGUCUUUUCUAAGCGUCAAACUACUUAAGGAUUGAUUUGGUUAUAAAAAAUUCUUUGGUUGGCGAUCCAAUACCACAGUACGCAUUCUUGUUCCCAAAUGACCAGUAUGAUUGAAUCUGAUUUGAAAAUUGAACGAGCUGAAGAAAUUAAGGUUUUAGCAAAUGAAGCAUUCAAAGCCAACAAGUUUUCACAAGCUAUAGAUCUGUACAGUCAGGCCAUUGAACUGAAUGGUCUUAAUGCUGUUUAUUGGGCAAACCGUGCAUUUGCGCAUACCAAACUUGAACAAUAUGGAAGUGCUAUCCAGGAUUCAAGUAUAGCUAUUGAGAUUGACCCUAGAUAUUCAAAGGGUUACUAUCGACGUGGUGCAGCAUAUCUGGCUAUGGGAAAAUUUAAGGAAGCGUUGAAAGAUUUUCAACAGGUGAAAAGAAUUUGCCCAAAUGAUCCUGAUGCAACUAGAAAGUUGAAGGAAUGUGAAAAGGCUGUCCAGAAAAUUAGAUUUGAAGAAGCCAUUGCUGUGCAUGAAUCAGAAAGGCACUCAGUUGCAGAUUCAAUAGAUUUCCAUUCUAUAGAGGUGGAUGCACAAUACACUGGUGCAAGGAUAGAAGGUGAAGUAGUAACCUUGGAGUUUGUGAAGAAAAUGAUGAAUGAUUUCAAAAAUCAAAAACAUCUGCAUAAAAGAUAUGCUUACCAGAUUGUCCUCGAAACCAGACAACUGUUGCAAGCUAUGCCUUCUCUUGUCGAUAUCACUAUUCCAGACAGAUGUAAUUUUACAGUUUGUGGAGAUGUACAUGGACAGUUUUACGAUUUAUUAAACAUAUUUGAGCUCAAUGGGCUUCCUUCUGAGGAGAACCCUUACCUAUUCAAUGGAGACUUUGUUGACAGAGGGUCCUUUUCUGUUGAAGUUAUUCUGACUCUGUUUGCAUUGAAGUGCAUGUGUCCAACAGCUAUGUACCUUUCAAGGGGUAAUCAUGAAAGUAAGAACAUGAACAAAAUUUAUGGUUUUGAAGGAGAGGUCAGAUCAAAAUUAGGCGAAACAUUUGUUGAACUCUUUGCGGAAGUAUUUUGCUACUUGCCUUUGGUACAUGUUAUAAACGAGAAAGUCUUUGUAGUUCAUGGAGGACUUUUUAGUGUGGACGGUGUUAAACUCUCUGACAUUCGGGCAAUUGAUCGUGUCUGUGAGCCUCCGGAGGAAGGUUUGAUGUGUGAACUGCUUUGGAGUGAUCCACAACCUCAACGAGGAAGAGGCCCCAGCAAGCGAGGAGUUGGGCUUUCUUUCGGUGAAGACGUCACAGAGAGAUUUCUACAGGAAAAUAAUCUCGAGCUCAUUGUACGGUCCCAUGAAGUAAAGGAUGAGGGAUAUGAGAUUGAACAUGACGGAAAGCUGAUAACGGUAUUCUCUGCUCCAAAUUAUUGUGAUCAGAUGGGCAACAAGGGUGCAUUUAUACGUUUUACGGCUCCAGAUCUGAAGCCAGAUAUUGUUAGCUUUUCAGCUGUGCCGCAUCCAGAUGUGAAGCCAAUGGCAUAUGCAAACAAUUUUCUCCGGAUGUUUUCGUGAUCUACAACAAUCAAGCCUAUAGCAUCGUGUAUCUUGCUUCAUUACUUGCGCAUUUCAACAGCUGUAGCUGAUCGGUGAUGCAGAAUUUUUGCCCAACCAGUUCUUUUUUGUUGUUUCAGUACUAUGCCACUUAUUAUAACCGCCGGGCUACCCCCUUUUAUUAUUUAUUUUUAGUAUUUUUGUUGUUAUUUUUUUUUUUCAGUAAAGUAGACCGAAGAAGUGCACAUUGUUUAAUGAUUUAACUCCUGCAUUGUAAAUGUCACAAAGAUAAUACUAGGCUUUUCUGAGUUUGGAAAUAAGCCUGUGUUAGUUUA